UCUAGAACUGGCUUUUGAAUUUAAGACCAGUGCUCUUAAAUAUUUUGCCAAAGUGUAAUCUGGAAACUGGAUAUGUCUUCUUUAUACAUUUCGUACCCACAUAAAUUGUUAAGUUCAAGCCUAAUAGAAGAUAGGUUUUGCCUGUGUGUCGUCGUGAAUAAUGAGAUCUAUAAGUUAGAUUACCUAUAUCUGACGCUAUCCCAGCGAGAGAAGCUGAUAAUGAUAUGAUAAGGUGUCGAUGGGGCGAAAUAAUAAAACCGAAGCUCGCUACGCGCCGCCUACCCAGUACCCACACGGCAGAGGUCAGCCAAAAUGAAGCUGUUUCUACUUCUGGCAGGUGUGACGGUGGCGCUGGCGAUACCCAGGCUGCAAACCGCUCGCGACUUCUUCGUAGAAGAUCAUGGUGAUGACGGCUGGACCCUGGUCGUUCUAACAGAGGGUGAACUCAUCAACCUCGGAAAGCUCGGGAGGAAGGUGGACAAGAACGAUGAUGAAGUGUUCUUCGAGAUGACGGAAGAGUGGGAUGCUGCGAGCGGCGGCUAUCACGUCACGAUCACGUGGGACGGUCCUAGUGAUAGGGUAUUUGAGGACUGCUUUGACUUUGGCGAUAAACAAUGGUACGGAGGUCCAGAACAAAAGGAACAAUACUGGCCUAUCCAGAAUUCAAAGAUCGAAAAGUACUCAAUCAUUUCAAAGGAAGCCGAUAACUCUGCCGUCUCCGAAAGAUACUGGGUCAACUCCAAGGGCUGGUAUGUCUACAUCUCACCAGAGGCACCUCUGUUUGUAGACCACCACAACAUCCUGGAUAACCAUAUCUGCUUCGUAGCUGAAGUAGCUGCCCCUUAUUCUUCUCAACGUCGCCACAACGUUCUGAAGUACGAUCUUUGGUUCUUCGACAACCCCAAACAAGCACACCAGCAUGCUGUGGAUACUUACUUGGGCAAACCUUCAGGGAUUCCCGAUUACAGAAUGAUCCAAUACCCAGUUUGGUCCACCUGGGCAAGAUACUCUAGAGAAAUCGACCAAAAGAGUCUUUGGGAUUUCGCGAAUGAAAUCAGAGAUUCUGGAUUCCCCAACGCUCAAUUCGAAAUCGAUGAUUUGUGGGAGAUUUGCUACGGAUCUCUAACUGUGGAUGAGAGGAAGCUGCCCGAUUUGAAGCAACUUGUUCAGGAUAUCAAGGGUCUCGGAUUCAGAGUCACGAUUUGGGUCCAUCCGUUUAUUAAUAAGGACUGUGAGCCAUGGUACUCUGAUGCCUUGAUCAAAGGUUAUUUGGUGCUCAACGAAAACGGGAGCCCAGACACGUCCUGGUGGAACAACAACGGCUCAGUGCCCGCAUACAUUGACUUCACCAAUCCAGAGGCAGCUGACUGGUACAGCAAGAAAAUUCAAUAUAUCCUGGACACCUACGAUAUCGACAGCAUCAAGUUUGACGCCGGAGAAUCAAGUUGGUCCCCUCAGAUUCCAGUCCAAAAUGGCGAUAUCGAUCUACAUCCUGGUCACAUCGUGCAGUCUUACGUGAGAACUGUAGCUCAGUUCGGACCUAUGAUCGAAAUCAGAUCUGGAAUGAGGACCCAAGACCUGCCAGUAUUCAUUCGUAUGGUAGACAAGGACACCUACUGGGGCUACAACAACGGGCUUAAGACGCUCGUGACCACUCUCCUGGCGAUGAACCUGAACGGCUACACGCUGGUACUGCCGGAUAUGAUCGGUGGUAAUGGCUACAAUGACAAGCCGUCCAAGGAACUGUUCGUGAGGUGGCUGCAAGCUAACGUGUUCAUGCCGACUCUUCAGUACUCUUUUGUACCUUGGGAUCAUGAUGACGAGGCAGUAGAGAUUUGUCGCCGCUACACGCAAUUGCACGCAGAGUUCGCGGACGAGAUCGUUGCGGCCAUGCAAGCUUCAGUCGAGAAGGGAACCCCGGUCAACCCGCCCAUCUGGUGGCUUGAUCCCACCGACCAGGACGCCUUGGCUGUUGGAGAUGAGUUCCUCCUCGGCGAGCGUAUCUUGGCAGCACCAGUGCUGGAAGAAGGCGCAGUGUCUCGCGACAUCUACCUUCCCGCAGGCCAGUGGCGGGACGGCGUGACGGGCGAGCUGGUCUCCGGCCCGACGUGGCUGAAGGACUACCCCGCGCCGCUCGACACCUUGCCUUACUUCACUCUUGAAGAUUAAGAAACAACCAAUUUGUGAUCUUUAUUUAUUUUCCUUGUUUAUUCCUGUAGGCUCGAAUAAA